AUGCGCGAAGCACUCGCGUGCGACGUCGACGGCGCCGCGCCAUCGCCAGCACCACCGGUAGUGGCGGCGGGACGGAGCCGGUCUCAGGGAUUCCCGCGGCGAGUGACGCCAGCGGCGCUGCCUCCGGCGCCGGUUUCCGGAUCGGCGGUGGAGCGCGUUCUCCCGAACGGCGACUUCUACGCCGGGAGCUUCUCCGGCAACGUGCCUCACGGAUCGGGGAAGUACCUGUGGACGGAUGGGUGCAUGUACGAGGGGGAGUGGAAGCGCGGAAAGGCCUCUGGCAAGGGGAAAUUCUCGUGGCCCUCGGGCGCGACCUAUGAGGGCCAGUUCAAAUCAGGUCGCAUGGAGGGGUUCGGUACCUUCGUCGGAUCCGAUGGCGAUACCUACCGCGGGUCGUGGAUUUCCGACCGGAAACACGGGUUCGGGCAGAAGCGCUAUGCGAACGGGGACUUAUACGAAGGGUGGUGGAAGCGCAACGUGCAAGACGGUCAUGGCCGUUACGUCUGGAAGAACGGGAACGAGUACGUCGGGGAGUGGAAGAACGGCGUGAUUAACGGCAAGGGUGCUCUGGUGUGGGCCAACGGGAACCGUUACGAGGGGCAGUGGGAAAACGGGGUCCCCAAGGGCAACGGCGUUAUGAAGAUUCACCACCGGUUGCUCUGGGGCGAGAAUUUCAGCGUGAAACGGUUCUCCGUUGAGGGAAGAAGGAGCGUCAAUAACGACAAGAGUUUCCCCAGGAUUUGUAUCUGGGAGUCGGAGGGUGAAGCGGGUGACAUCACGUGCGAUAUUAUCGAUAAUGUGGAAGCUUCCAUGUUUUACCGCGACGGAACGACGUCGGAUUGUGAAGAUUUGAGAAGGAACCCUUGUUGUUUCGCGAGCGAAGUGAAGAGACCCGGGGAAACCAUUUCCAAAGGGCAUAAGAAUUAUGACUUGAUGCUUAAUCUGCAAUUGGGGAUAAGGUACUCUGUUGGGAAGGAGGCUUCCACUUUGCGGGAGAUUAAGCAGAGUGAUUUUGAUCCGAAGGAGAAGUUCUGGACUAGGUUUCCGCCGGAGGGGUCGAAGAUUACGCCGCCGCACCAGUCCGCCGAGUUUCGAUGGAAGGAUUACUGUCCGGUGGUUUUUAGGCAUUUGAGAGAGCUGUUUCAGGUGGAUCCUGCUGAUUACAUGUUGGCUAUAUGUGGGGACGAUGCCCUUCGAGAGCUUUCCUCUCCUGGGAAAAGUGGAAGCAUCUUCUACUUGACCCAGGAUGAUAGAUUCAUGAUAAAGACGGUGAAGAAAUCUGAAGUCAAGGUGCUUCUUCGGAUGCUUCGAAGUUAUUAUCAACAUGUUUCUCGAUAUGAGAAUUCACUUGUGACAAAAUUCUAUGGGGUGCACUGUGUCAAGCCAAUUGGAGGCCAGAAGAUUCGGUUCAUUGUGAUGGGCAAUCUUUUCUGUUCCGAAUAUCCAAUUCAUCGACGAUUUGACUUGAAAGGAUCUUCACAUGGCCGCACCACAGAUAAACCUGAGGAGGACAUUGAUGAAACAACGACUCUCAAGGACCUUGAUCUCAACUUUGCGUUUCGUGUACAAAGAAAUUGGUUUCAGAAACUGAUCAAGCAAAUUGAGCUCGACUGUGAGUUCUUGGAAACUGAGAAAAUUAUGGAUUACAGUCUUUUAGUUGGCAUCCAUUUUCGUGAUGAUAAUACGUGUGACAAAAUGGGGUUGUCACCUUUUCUCCUACGCACUGGAAAUAGGGAUACUUAUCAGAAUGAAAAGUUCAUGCGUGGUUAUCGCUUUCUUGAAGCAGAGCUACAUGAUAAAGAUCGAGUUAAAUCUGGAAGGAAAUCAUUGAUUAGGCUAGGAGCCAAUAUGCCUGCAAGAGCAGAGCGAGUGGCACGGAGGAGUGACUUCGAUCAAUACACCACUGUUGGAAUCAGCCAUUUGACCCCUUAUCGCAGCGGGGAGACUUACGAUGUGAUUCUAUAUUUUGGGAUUAUUGACAUUUUGCAAGAUUAUGAUAUCAGCAAGAAGCUUGAGCAUGCUUACAAGUCCUUACAAGUUGACCCUUCUUCAAUUUCUGCUGUUGAUCCAAAGCUCUACUCGAAGAGGUUUCGUGAUUUUGUAGGGAGAAUAUUCAUUGAAGAGAGGAAAAAUUGCUUCAAAUUUGACACCCUUUGCAAUGAUCUUGGAGUUGACUGGUUGAAAUGCCAUUCUACGGUCAACUGGCUGGCAGAAGAUGGCUGGAAUUGGGGUUGUGUUAUGGCUUAG